CGGCGCCGGCAUUCGCGCGCCACGCGUUCGCAGCGUCUGACGUGUGUCACCGUGUGCGCCAACCGUGAUCGUCUCCCGUGACACGGCGUGCGUCGCUCGCCGUCACCGCGCACAAUCUCGUGUAAAAAUAAAGCCGGCGACAGACGGCGGAGCACCAAGUUAUAUUUAAAUGAUAGCGACCGGGAUCGCGGCCGCACUCCGACGCCAUGAGACUAAGUCGGGGCCUCCGAUGCGAGUGCGGGGGCGCUAGCGCGUGCCCGGACGGCGCAGCGAACGGCACCUGCGUCACGCAGCCCGGCGGCUACUGCUUCGUCGCUGUGGAGGAGGUGCUCGACGAGAAUGGAUUCGUCGUGCUCGACAGGACCUCGGGCUGUCUGCCGCCGGACGAGUCGGGGUUCAUGCAAUGUAAAAGCUCGCAAGUGCCACACCAGCACCCGAAGGUGAUCGAGUGCUGCUACAAUGAGGACCUGUGCAACCGGCGCCUGCAGCCGCGCCUGCCGUCGCCGCCGCCCGACGCGACCGAGGGCCCCGCGCUGCGCCCCGCCGCGCCCUCCAGCCCCACGCUGCUGGUAGCAGUGGCGCUUUGCGUCGCGCUUGUCGCGUUCGUAGUGGCGUUCUUCCUGUUGCUACGGCGGCGCCGGCGCGGCUGCAAGCGGCCGCCUUCACCACCCGCGCCGGCGCAUCUGCAAGAGAUCUCCUCUGGCUCCGGGUCCGGCUUGCCCCUCCUCGUCCAGAGAACCGUCGCCAAACAGAUACAAAUGGUCGAAUCUAUCGGCAAGGGACGCUAUGGCGAGGUGUGGCUGGCGCGGUGGCGCGGCGAGAAGGUCGCCGUCAAAGUGUUCUUCACCACCGAGGAGGCGUCCUGGUUCAGAGAGACUGAGAUUUACCAGACGGUGCUGAUGCGCCACGAGAACAUCCUCGGGUUCAUAGCGGCCGACAUCAAGGGCACCGGCUCCUGGACCCAGAUGCUGCUCAUCACUGACUAUCACGAGAAUGGCUCGUUGCACGACUACCUGCAGACGGUCGUGCUGGACACACACAGUCUCCUCACCAUGGCUUAUUCCAUCGUGAGCGGUCUGGCGCAUCUACACAUGGAUAUCUUCGGCACUAAAGGCAAGCCGGCCAUCGCGCACCGAGACAUCAAGAGCAAGAACAUCCUGGUAAAGAGGAACGGGCAGUGCGCCAUCGCGGACUUCGGCCUCGCCGUGCGGUACGUGGCCGAACGGAACGAGGUGGACAUCGCGCCCAACACUCGCGUCGGCACGCGCCGGUACAUGGCGCCCGAGGUGCUGGACGAGAAGCUCGACACCACCAACUUCGAGGCGUUCAAGAUGGCGGACAUGUACUCGCUGGGGCUGGUGCUGUGGGAGUUGUGUCGGCGCUGCGCCACCGGGGACAAGGCGCAGCACGUGGACGGGUACGCGCUGCCCUACCACGAGCACGUGCCGCCGGACCCCUCGUUCGACGACAUGCACGCCGUGGUGGUGGGCAAGGGCAUCCGGCCGCCCAUCCCGGCGCGCUGGCUGGCCGGCGAGCCGCUCAGCACGCUGGCGACGCUGAUGGCGGAGUGCUGGCACGCGAACCCGCCGGUGCGGCUGACGGCCGUCCGCGUCAAGAAGACGCUCGCCAAGUUCCGCAGCGACGCGCCACUCAAACUCGUGUGACGGCACAUCGCCUCCCGACAUCAGUUCCUCCGUAUUUAUUUGUUUUAUGGUGAAGCAGUGUAGCCGACGGCCGACACCGGACAUGAGGCGCUAGCGCCACGCCGACGCGCUGACACUGACGCGGACGACAGCACAGCGCGACGCACAUGUUGUGACGCAACAAUGUACUGGUAACUGCUGAAAUCGAAACGAAUGAAUGAAGCUGGGAAACACAGAGUAUAGUAGAUGUAGAAUAGACAUCACAACAUUUUUAAUUUGUUAUUACUGUAUAAAAAAAGUAUACAAGUUACCUUUAGGUUUUCGAGCUUUAUUAUAAAUUUUCGACUUCAGUAAGUGACUUCAGUACAAAAUGUCAGUUUGGCUUGGCUGUGCUGCGUCAGUCCGCCUCAGCUCAGCUCAGUGUCGGCAGAUAAAUCUCAGUAUUGUUAAGUGGUCGGUGGCCCACCAGUGACGUGUAUAUCCCGCUAUAACUUAUGAACUAAAUUACCUGACCAGUCUGGAAUCUCUCCUGCAGCUCAUAAUUUCGGUUAUAGUUUUUUUUUUGUUCUAAAAAUAUGUUUUAUUUUAUUACUGUUGUUUAGAAUUAUAGGGAUGGGUGCGUCUAUUGUCGAUAUUUUUUUGUUACAGUUAUAAUGUAAUAGUGCAAAGGUUUAAGUGCAGGUUGUUUGGAGCGAAUGUUGUUUUGAUAUUGAUUUGAUUGAAAUACCUAAUUCGUUGUGAAUAACAAAAAUGUGUAGUUUGUGAGAAGCAAUAUUUCAUACAAUUUUAUUGUUACAAACGCUUUGAAACAACCUGCACUUAUUCGACUUCUGCGCUGGUGACCGUGUCUCGACAAAAGACGCACCCAACCUCAUUUUAUAAAUAAAAAAUGUGGUCUUCCGUUUGUUGUAAGCAGUCGUUGUGAUCGCGCGAGGCAGCUGAACGGCUCAUGUGAUAUUGUCGACAAUAACCGCCGAACUGAUGCGCGCUGUGUACCUCGCGCCGGGAACGGACAAAACGGUUAAAUUUACAUACAUUAUUAUCAGAUACAGUAGCUUAAUAGGCAAAUCUGAGUAUGAAAUCCGCCAUAUCGGUCCACGUGAGUAUAGCGUUUCCGGAACAACCUGUAUGUUUCGGAUUCAAACACGUAUAAUUAUGUUGACUGGCGAGGUAUCAUCUCUCGUCAGUCGAUACCACCUGGAGCAUGGACUUACCAUCAGGUGCAGUGGGACGCUUUGCAGUUUCUAUAAAAAUAUCUCGUCAAAUUUUUUUUUACAUUGAUUAUAAUUGCUUUAUCUGAUAAUAAUGUUUGAAAUAAUUUCGUUCCCAUUCACCCAACUGAGAAGUAUUCAUCUCGUUUUAUGGAUACUGAUAAUAUUGUUUUGCUAUUCCGAGUGACAUCGUAAUACAAAACAUAGCAUGAGGGAUGGUAUACAGCGGUCAUUAGUGAGGUGUUACGCCUUUACAUUUGUACAAACGAGCGAAUGCGAUACUGUAUCGAAAUAUGUUAAAAUUUGAAGCUUUACUGAAAUUACUAUAACUUUUGUAGUUAUGCCUAAAUAUGUUUUGUGGAUAUCAUGAAGACAUUGUUUUUCUCUUCAGAAUUAGGUAUCGUUAAAAGUAUUUAGGGCGCCUUUUUUAGCGAAUUUUGGAGUAAACUAAUUUGACUGUAACACUUUAAUUCUACCUUUCCUUUCUUUGUAAUACAAAUCUACAUCAAAUAAUUUCCAUUUCUGAUACUUCAUAUUUAAAUUGUUUUAAAACAUGUUUCGAUACGUGUCGUGUUGUCGCUCGAUGAAACGAUCACCGCAGCUUUAGAACGCGUUGUAUUGUGUACACAUUAGACAAGUGUUCGUCGUGGACAGUACUUAAUGUUAAAAAGACUAAUGUCGUGCGAGUAUUAGUGUGGAGUGUGAGGACGUGUGCGAGGCGGCGCGGCGCCGCGUGUGCGCGUGUGCGUGUGUGCGCGUGUGUGCGUGUGUGCGCAUGCGCGGCGUGUGUGCGCGCGCCGCGGCUAGUAUUAACGUCGUUUAGGUUUUUUGUAACGCAACAGACUUUGUGGGUAGUGCACAACUAGAUACAUUUGUUCUACAUUUAUAUACAUCUAGGUUUGUGCCUAGUUUUUUGUAAUAAUUGUAAUUUUGAUAUAAUUGUCGGUCUAAUAACCCAACAAGACAUAAAACCAAAAUAAAUUGUCAAUUCUUAUGGUUACUAAAAAUUAGGGUCCUGUCCCUAUUAACUACGGCCGAUUAGGUUCUUCGAUUAUUACCGAAAUUAACACACUUAUUGCGUAGAUUCAUACGGUAUAUUAAAAUUUAUAUGCAUAAGCCUAUAGGUUCAAUUGCCACAGGGACAAAUGUUUGCGUGAUCGCAAAUAUUUGUUCCCAAGUUUUGUGGGAUUAGGAUUAUGUGUGACUAUUAGGUCAUAACUGUAUUUAUAAGUCAGUAGUGCAGUACCCACGAAGUGAUAGCGUAGCAUUUACAAUGCGCAUGCGCGCCCUGUACAGACCCCUGUAAAUAUAGACGGUAGCUGAUUGCAUAGUAUCUAAUUCAUGUUGAUAGUUAAGAUUACGAAUAAAAUAUUAAUGGACAAAACA